AUGAACAUUCCCGUGUCGAUACUCAACUAUCGCAGCAGUCGCAUAAGUGACCACAUCGCUCGAUGUCUGACCUGGAAAGACGAUGUUACGCCCGAUGAGAAAGCUUUCAAAGUUCUCAAGGCUGUUCUCGCCGCGGGCGUCAAUGUCUGGAACGGAGCCGAUGUCUACGGCACACCCGACAACAACUCUCUCCACCUCAUGAACCGCUAUUUCAACAUCUUUCCCGAGGACGCCGACAAGGUUGUUCUUACUAUCAAAAGUGGUAUCAAGGAUAUGCGAAUAUCUACUAUGGACUUCGAUGCACUGGCAGAGCUUGUGAAGGAGGGCAAAAUCGGUGGCACCCAGUUGAGCGAAGUCAGUGCCAAUACUAUUCGGCGCGCCGCAAAAGGUGGCAAAGAUCGAUAUGGUGGAAGCGGAAAUCAGCUUGUGGGCGACAUAUGUCUUCGAGAUGGUGUCGCUGAGACUUGUGCCGAGUUGGGUAUUCCGAUGGUAGCGUAUACUCCUCUUGGUGGUGGUAUGCUCACGGGGCAGAUCAAGAGUCUCGCUGAUAUGCCUGCCAAUGACUACCACCGGUUCUUCCCGCGCUUCCAGCCAGAGAACUUUGAGAUGAACUUGCAGCUAGUCAUAAAGCUAGAGGAGAUGGCUGCGAAGAAGUUGUGUACUACUGCUCAGCUUGCGCUUUCUUGGAUCAAGGCUCAAAGUCGGCGAGAUGGAAUGCCGGUCAUUGUGCCUGUUGCUGGUGCCAGAUCGGAGCAGAGAGUUCUUGAGAAUGUGACGGAUAUUCCGCUGUCUGAAGAGUAUAUGGCUGAGAUCAAGGCUAUUCUGGACAAGUUCGCUGUUGCGGGGGAUCGCUAUCCGCCUGCCGCUGCAAAGCUUACGGAGUACUAA